AUGAAACGAAAGGCCGAGAAACAACAGGCUGCUGCUCCUGUCAGUGCCUUUGCUGCGCGCAAAGCUCGGCAGCAACAAGCCCAAAUUGUGACAGCAACGAAGCCUGAGCCAGAGACACUACCAGCUGCUGAGCCUCCUUCCAAGAGACCGCGACGGUCACUCAAGGUCGAUCAACCCGUCGAAACAAAGGCACCUGAGACUCGAGGCCCACGCACACGUUCGUCCAGGAAGCCAAAUGCACCACUGCCUGCAGAAAAUGUGAAUGGGCGCCAAACGAAAGCUGUGAAGAAGCAACAGGAAGAACCUAAUGUCAAUGAAGCUGCGGAGGAAUCCGACGAAGAAGACUCAAAGGGCAAUGCGACUGAGGAUGUGUGUGAGAUGUCCGAGGAUGAAGUCGCGUCCGUUGCCGGCGACGCAGAUGGAUAUGAAUCUCCAGUGGAGACACCUGCGGAACUUCAAAAUUUCCCGUUGUCGAGGUCUCGAAUCAACAAGAAAGACAUUGUUUAUGCGGAUGCCAGCACUCUUUGUGUCCGCAUCAAGGAAAAGAUGAACUUGGUCCUAAUAGGCCAAUACGAUCUUUGGGUGAAGCGAGGGAUUGUCAGUGUCAUGGGAGCCAAAAUGCACCCUUCGUCGCGAGUAUAUAGAGUGUACGCUCCCUCGACCCACUCUUUGCCCGUCAUCAAGUGUGUCUCUAGCGUUGAUGGGGAAGCUGAGGUGGAAAUCAAGUCCUGCAGCAGCGGUCUCGCUCGCCUCCGGGACCUUUCUCCACUAUACCAAAGAAUUUGGAACGGACAGAAUACCGCUGCAGACAAACUCACAUUGAAAGGCGCUUCUCAAGGUUCCCGGCGCACCUUCUCAGUGCUUUACACGUCAGCAGAUGAUACACUGAAAAGACAUUUGCGCCCUCUCCAUCUCGACAGGAAAUGGAGCGCCUCGAUGAAAGCACUUUCUAUGCGGCAAGGGAAGCUCCGAGUCUUGGUCUGCGGUCCCAAGGCAUCUGGGAAGUCCACCUUCAGUCGCUACCUAUUGAACCAUGUGCUCAGCCCGGCACCAGACACCGAGAACGGAUAUGUCAACACAGACGGCGUUGCCUUCCUGGACCUCGACCCGGGGCAGCCUGAAUUUGCUCCCAUGGGCCAGGUCUAUCUUGCUCAUCUGCGGACCCCCUUCUUUGGACCUCCAUUUGCUCACCCAUCCCUCGACAACCCGCGCGAUGGCCAAGUAGUACGAGCCCAUCAUAUUGGAUCAACAUCACCAAAGGAUGACCCUGACCACUACGCACUAGCUGUGAUGGAUUUACUGAGCCAGUACCGAUCGCUUCUGUCACAAUACCCUCAGUGCCCGUUGAUCGUCAACUAUCCUGGAUGGAUCUUUGGACAGGGUCUGGAGGUGGCCACCUGGUUGAUCCAGUGCUUGGGCUUGUCAGAUGUUGUUUACAUGAGCGAGAAGGGUCCUACAGAGGUCGUGGACCCCUUGAGCUUUGCUGCCAAUAAAGCUCAAGUUCCCUUGACGAUUCUACCCUCUCAGCCUACAGAUUUUGUGAGCCGCUCCAGCGCUCAAUUGCGCUCCAUGCAAAUACAGUCCUACUUCCACAACUCUCACCCCCAUGACCUCAGCAACCCUCUCUGGCAAGAAGAACCACUCUCCCGCACGAGGCCUCUUGCAGUGGACUACGCUGGCUCUAAGCAAGGCAUUUUGGGCAUUAUGGUCUUGGGAUCCCAGAUCAGCCCGGAUAUGCUGCGCGAAGUACUCGAGGGAUCUAUUGUCGGCGUGACAGCCGUGGAAUCUCCCAGCGCGAUUAUUGGAGAAGUUUUUGCUCAAGAUCCCUUAGAAGAAGAUGAUGAUGACGAUGACGAUGACGAUGAGAACGAUGUUGACGCAGAGGAUGUGAGCAUGCAUGACAAUGAGCAAAUUAGAAGCGGUACUGCCACUUCUCUCGAGGCCCAAGGUGUCGUUCGGACAAAAGAGGGUCUUCCUUACCUCUUUGUUGGUUCUGGGAGCUGCACACCCUUGGACCCAAAGGCAUCUGACUGUCUUGGUUUGGCCUUGGUUCGCUCAGUCAAUGUUACUUCGCAGAAAAUCGAGCUGUACACCCCGAUCCCUUCUGUACGUCUGCGGGAUGCUAUCGAGCGAGGCCAUCAGCUCGUGCUUGUUCGUGGCCAAUUAGAUAAUCCCAACUGGUCUAUCAGCGAAGAAUAUCAUGCUGCGAGAGCCGCCGAACGACGCUAUCAGGAUUCAAUUGCCGAUGCCAAGCAAGGUGGUGACUUGCAGAAGAUCGACAAGACCAGUGCCAAUCAGACGCUUUCUAUACUUCGUGAGAGAAUCCGUCGUGCUAGCAAUGUUCCUUGGAUGACAGUUGUGGAGGAUAAUAGCCGGCGCCAGCGUGAGGCUGCCGCGCGACGUGAAAAGUCGCUGUGGAAGCUGAGGAAGAAGGCCUAUCCGGGCAGUGAAAGCGAGACUGACUGGUAG